CCGCGCGCCCGGCCCGCCCGCCGCCCGCCGCCGCCGCCGCGCGUCCGCGGCCGGGCCGCAGCCCCAGACCGCCGAGGAGCGGGGGGCCGGCGCCAUGGCCGAGCGGGGCCGCCUGGGCCUGGCCGGCGCGCCCGCCGCGCUCAACACGCCGGUGCCCAUGAACCUGUUCGCCACCUGGGAGGUGGACGGCUCCAGCCCCAGCUGCGUGCCCAGGUUGUGCAGUCUGACCUUGAAGAAGCUGGUGGUCUUCAAGGAGCUGGAGAAGGAGCUCAUCUCGGUGGUGAUCGCUGUGAAGAUGCAGGGCUCCAAGCGCGUCCUGCGGUCCCAUGAGAUCGUGCUGCCCCCCAGUGGACAGGUGGAGACGGACCUGGCGCUGACCUUCUCCCUGCAGUACCCCCACUUCCUGAAGCGGGAAGGCAACAAGCUGCAGAUCAUGCUGCAGCGGAGGAAGCGCUACAAGAACCGGACCAUCCUGGGCUACAAGACGCUGGCCGCGGGUGCCAUCCACAUGGCCGAGGUGAUGCAGCGCCCGCCCGAGGGCGGCCAGGUGCUGAGCCUGUGCAGCAGCGUCAAGGAGGCCUCGGCCAAGGUGGCCGAGAUCUGGAUCUUCUCCCUGUCCAGCCAGCCCAUCGACCACGAGGACAGCACCAUGCAGGCCGGCCCCAAGGCCAAGUCCACGGACAAUUACUCCGAGGAGGAGUACGAGAGCUUCUCCUCCGAGCAGGAGGCCAGCGACGACGCGGCCCACGGGCAGGACCUGGACGAGGAUGACUUCGACGUGGGCAAGCCCAAGAAGCAGCGGCGCUCGGUCGUGAGGGCGGCCUCCAUGACCAGGCAACAGAACUUCAAGCAGAAGGUCGUGGCGCUGCUGCGACGGUUCAAGGUGUCCGAGGAGGUCCUGGACUCGGAGCAGGACCCCGCGGAGCGCGUGCCCGAGGUGGAGGAGGACCUGGACCUGCUGUACGACACCUUGGACAUGGAGAACCCCAGCGACAGCGGCCCCGACCUGGAGGACGACGACAGCGUGCUGAGCACCCCGAAGCCCAAGCUCCGGCCCUACUUCGAAGGCCUGUCGCACUCCAGCUCGCAGACGGAGGUCGGGAGCGUCCACAGCGCCCGCAGCCAGAAGGAGCCUCCCAGCCCGGCUGACGCGCCUGAGAAGACGUGGGCCCCGGGGGUCAAGCCGCUCAGUGACAGCGUCUCGGAGCCAGUGGCCCACAGCACGCCCACCCCUGGGGAGCAGCCGGCUCCGCCCCCGGACAGCCCGGAGCCCGAGACCUCCGCCCUGGACAUGUUCACCGAGCGGCUGCCGCCCAGCGGGCGCAUCACCAAGACCGAGUCCCUCGUCAUCCCCUCCACCAGGUCCGAGGCCAAGCAGGCCGGCCGCCGGGGCCGCAGCACCUCCCUGAAGGAGCGGCAGCCGGCACGGCCGCAGAGCGAGCGGGCCAACAGCCUGGACAGCGAGCGCUGCCCUGACACGCGGAGCCACCUGCAGAUCCCCAGGAAGACCGUGUAUGACCAGCUCAAUCACAUCCUCGUCUCCGACGACCAGCUGCCCGAGAACAUCAUCCUUGUCAACACCUCCGACUGGCAGGGGCAGUUCCUGUCGGACGUGCUGCAGCAGCACACGCUGCCCGUGGUGUGCACCUGCUCCGCGGCCGACGUGCAGGCCGCCUUCAGCACCAUCGUCUCUCGGAUCCAGAGAUACUGCAACUGCAACUCGCAGCCCCCGACGCCCGUGAAGAUCGCGGUGGCGGGGGCGCAGCACUACCUCAGCGCCGUGCUGCGGCUCUUCGUGGAGCAGCUGUCCCACAAGACGCCCGACUGGCUGGGCUACAUGCGCUUCCUGGUCAUCCCGCUGGGCUCCCACCCCGUGGCCAGGUACCUGGGCUCCGUGGACUCACGCUACAGCAACUUCUUCCAGGACCUGGCCUGGCGCGGCCUGUUCAACCGGCUGGAGGCCCAGAGCGCCGUGCAGGACACGCUGGACAUCGUGUCGCGGAUCACGCAGUACAUCGCGGGCGCCAACUGCGCCCACCAGCUGCCCAUUGCAGAGGCCAUGCUCACCUACAAGCAGAAGAGGAAAAAGAACUUUCAUUUUGACUUUACGCUCAGCCCCGACGAGGAGUCCUCCCAGAAGUUCAUUCCCUUCGUGGGGGUGGUGAAGGUGGGAAUCGUGGAGCCCUCCUCAGCCACGUCAGGAGACUCGGAUGACGCGGCCCCCACAGGCUCCAGUGUGCUCUCGUCCACCCCGCCGUCCACAUCUCCCGCUGCCAAGGAGGCCUCACCCACACCCCCCUCCUCCCCGUCUGUGAGUGGGGGCCUGUCCUCCCCCAGCCAGGGCGCCGAGCUGAUGGGGCUGCAGGUGGAUUACUGGACGGCAGCCCAGCCCGCAGACAGGAAGAGAGACGCCGAGAAGAAGGACCUGCCUUCUGCCAAAAGCACGCUCAAGUGCACCUUCCGGUCUCUCCAGGUCAGCAGGCUGCCCAGCAGCGGCGAGGCCGCAGCCACGCCCACCAUGUCCAUGACCGUGGUCACCAAGGAGAAGAACAAGAAGGUGAUGUUUCUGCCCAAGAAGACCAAGGACAAGGACGUGGAAUCCAAAAGCCAGUGCAUCGAGGGCAUCAGCCGGCUCAUCUGCACAGCCAAGCACCAGCAGAACAUGCUGCGGGUCCUCAUCGACGGCGUGGAAUGGAACGACGUGAAGUUCUUCCAGCUGGCGGCCCAGUGGUCCUCCCACGUCAAGCACUUCCCCAUCUGCAUCUUCGGACACUCCAAGUCCCCCUUCUAGCCCCGCCUCGCCCGCGGCCUGGCCCGGGGCCGCUGCUUCUAACAUUUCAGUUUACGACACGGACCUGGAGACACAACAGAAACCGUCUUACGUGCGACUGUGCUACAACCUGGGAACUAACGGGGCGGCCCCGG